UUUACUGUCACAGCCAAAGUUCUGGGCCAUUCAGACAUCAGCCUUGAUCCUCCGGACAAAGCUCGAGAGAGGAAGCACGCGGCGAGUGGAACGGGCAAUGAGGCAGACACAGGCUCUUGCAGACCAAUUUGAAGACAAAACUACAUCUGUACUGGAACAUCUGAAGAUUUUCUAUUGCUGUCAGGUACCCCCUCAUUGGGCUAUUCAGCGCCAGCUUGCAGGUUUGCUCUUUGAGUUGGGAUGUACCACUUCAGCCCUUCAGAUAUUUGAGAAGCUGGAGAUGUGGGAAGACGUGGUCAGAUAUUUGAGAAGCUGGAGAUGUGGGAAGACGUGGUCAUCUGUUAUGAAAGGACUGGGCAGCAUGGGAAGGACAGCUUUGAAGUAAACUACCAGGGAUUAAUUUUAACUGUCUUUGGCAUUCCUGAUGAUUAGAGGCUGUGGACAUGAUGGAGUCAUCUAGGAGGCUGAGUCUGUUUGAAAAGGUCUAUGGGAUCGCUGUAUGAAGUGUGUG